GGCGGGGGAGCCCUGAGCUGCGGCUUCCUCCCGCGCGGAGUCUCCUGCGCACCGCCGAGCAGGACGCCAGCGCCAGCCGGGUCUCCACGCCGCGGCGCGCCCGGCCUUCCCGCCGCCCCCAGAACAAUCAACCAUGACGACCGAAUCGGGAUCAGACUCAGAAUCCAAACCAGACCAGGAGGCUGAGCCCCAGGAAGCAGCAGGACCUCAGGGACAAGCAGGGGCACAGCCUGGACCAGAGCCUGCUGGUGGAAACAGUGAGGAGCAGCCAGCACUAGAGCAGUUCUCUGAAGCUGCUGCACACAGCACCCCAGUGAAGAGGGAGGUUGGUGACAAAGACCGGGACUUCGCUGCCGCAGCUGCAAACCAGCUUGAGUAUCAGCCAUUUGAGGACGAUAAGCUCUCUCAGAAAUCAUCCAGCAGCAAGGUCUCCAGGUCCCCGCUGAAGAUUGUGAAAAGGCCUAAAAGCAUGCAGUGCAAAGUGACGCUCCUGGACGGAUCAGAGUACGGCUGCGAAGUGGACAAGCGCUCCCGAGGACAAGUGCUGUUUGACAAAGUGUGUGAGCAUCUGAACCUGCUAGAAAAAGACUACUUUGGCCUCACGUAUCGAGACGCAGAGAAUCAGAAGAACUGGUUGGACCCUGCUAAGGAAAUUAAAAAGCAGAUUCGGAAUGCACUGAAAGACUUUGUAGUUUUUCCAGCAUUCACUUACGAAGAAUGUGUACCCCCUGCACCGCCCCUUCCUCCUCUUUCAUCACGUGAUAACGCUGGCUUUCUAUCUGUUCUUCCGGCCCCUGGAAGGUACUACCUCUGCUUGCAGCUGCGAGAUGAUAUCGUUUCUGGACGGCUACCCUGUUCCUUCGUGACUCUUGCCCUGCUGGGCUCCUACACGGUUCAGUCAGAGCUCGGGGACUACGAACCUGAUGAAUGUGGGAAUGACUACAUUAGUGAGUUCCGCUUUGCGCCAAACCACACUAAAGAACUGGAAGAUAAAGUGAUCGAGCUGCACAAGAGCCACAGAGGAAUGACGCCAGCUGAAGCAGAGAUGCAUUUCCUGGAAAAUGCCAAAAAGCUCUCCAUGUACGGGGUGGACUUACAUCAUGCCAAGGAUUCAGAAGGAGUAGAGAUUAUGUUAGGAGUCUGUGCCAGUGGUCUGUUGAUAUAUCGUGACCGACUUCGAAUAAAUAGAUUUGCUUGGCCCAAGGUCCUGAAAAUUUCUUAUAAACGGAACAACUUUUACAUUAAAAUCCGGCCAGGAGAGUUUGAGCAAUUUGAAAGCACCAUUGGGUUCAAAUUGCCAAACCACAGGGCUGCCAAGCGCCUCUGGAAGGUGUGUGUGGAGCAUCACACGUUUUUCAGGCUAUUGCUACCAGAAGCACCUCCAAAGAAAUUCCUGACCUUGGGCUCCAAGUUCCGCUACAGUGGCAGAACCCAGGCUCAAACGAGAAGAGCCAGUGCAUUGAUAGACCGCCCGGCGCCUUACUUUGAACGCUCGUCCAGCAAACGAUACACCAUGUCUCGCAGCUUGGAUGGAGCGUCAGUGAGUGAAAACCAUGAAAUAUACAUGAAGGAUUCUAUGUCUGCUGCAGAGGUUGGUACAGGCCAGUACGCCACAACGAAGGGCAUCUCUCAGACCAACUUGAUCACCACUGUGACUCCAGAGAAAAAGGCUGAAGAAGAACGUGUGGAAGAAGAGGACAGAAGGAAGAAGGCCGAGGAAGCCACACCUGUCACAGCCCUCCGGCACGAGGGAAAGUCACCAGGGCAUGGCGCUGCUGAUUCAUGUCCCCUGUCACCCUCAUCAGCCCAUCUUGACCCUCCCUCUCCCACAGUGCUCCGUAGGAGGUGCAAGGAGAAGGAAAGGGCUUCUCAAGGGUCUGCUCUGCCUAAAAUGGAGCCAUCCUCGGAGUCUGAUGCCCAGGGGAGGGCCUACUUAGGGGACCAAGAUGUGGCAUUUAGUUACAGGCAGCCGGCUGGCAAAGGAACCACGCUCUUUUCCUUCUCCUUGCAGCUCCCCGACUCAUUCCCCUCCCUCCUGGAUGAGGACGGGUACCUCUCUUUUCCCAACCUGUCUGAAACCAACCUCCUGCCCCAGAGCUGGCAGCAUUUCCUGCCCAUCCGCUCCCCCUCCCUCCUUCCUUGCUUCCUCUUCAUCUUCUUCUUCCUGCUGUCCGCCUCCUUCUCAGUACCAUACGCCCUCACUCUCUCCUUCCCUCUGGCUCUGUGCCUCUGCUACCUGGAGCCCAAGGCGGCCUCCUUGAGCGCCUCCCUAGACAAUGACCCGAGUGACAGUUCAGAGGAAGAGACUGACAGUGAACGGACAGACACGGCUGCUGAUGGAGAGACCAGUGCCACGGAGUCGGACCAGGAGGAAGACGCAGAGCUCAAGGCACAGGAGCUAGAGAAAACUCAAGAUGAGCUGAUGAAACACCAAACCAAUAUUAGUGAGCUGAAGAGAACCUUCUUAGAAACCACUACAGAAACUGCCUUAACAACCGAAUGGGAAAAGAGGCUCUCUACGUCUCCCGUGCGGAUGGCUGCCAGGCAGGAGGAUGACCCUGAUGAGCCACUGGUACCUGAGGAGACUAAACAGUCUUCUGGGGAGAAGCUCAUGGAUGGCGCGGAGAUCCUCAGUCUUUUAGAGUCUGCGCGGAAACCCACAGAGUUCAUAGGAGUUUCAUCUACUACGCAGAGCUGGGUGCAGAAACUGGAAACAAAGACUGAGUCCGUUGAAACGGAGGUGGAAUCCACCCCAAACCCUGAGCCGCUCAGCACGGAGAAAGUAUUGCAGGAAACCGUGUUGCUAGAGGAGAGGCACGUGAUGACUCUGCACUCCAGCGGGGGCGCUCCUCACACAACCAAGGGUGAAGUCGUUGCAGCAGAACCUUACACCACAGAUCUGUCACAGGGGGAAAGGGAAGGAGGGCUCUCAGUGACUGAAGGUAAGGAACAGAAAGGAGAUGAGGUUGGCAAGUCUGCCCCUGCAGAACAAACAGCCACUGUUUCCCAUGAGGAGGAUCAGUUGUCGGCCAUCCACUCUACUGAGGGUUUGGACCAAAAAUCUCAUUUUGAGUAA